AUGGGAAACCUCAGUGGUCAUUUCAGAAAAAUGAGGAUACUUACUAGUUUUACACUCAUGGCCUACUGUCAUUUGUUGAAAGCAUUUACUAUCACAGUUACCAAGGACCUAUAUGUGGUAGAGUAUGGCAGCAAUGUGACAAUGGAAUGCAAAUUCCCAGUAACAACACCAUUAAACCUGUUUGCAUUAGUUGUCUACUGGGAAAUGGGAGAAAAGAAAGUUAUUCAGUUUGUAAAUGGACAGGAAGACCUGAAAGUUCAACACAGUAGCUACAGCCAAAGGGCCCAUCUAUUGAAAGACCAGCUCUUUUUGGGAAAGGCUGCACUUCAGAUCACCGAUGUGAAACUGCAGGAUGCCGGGGUUUACUAUUGCUUGAUCAGCUAUGGCGGUGCCGACUACAAGCGGAUUACUUUGAAAGUCAAUGCCCCAUACCGCAAAAUCAACCAAAGAAUUUCUGUGGAUCUGGACACCUCUGAAUAUGAACUAACAUGUCAGGCUGAGGGUUACCCUGAGGCUGAAGUCACCUGGACAAGCAGUGACCACCGAGUCCUGAAUGGCAAAACCACCAUCACGAGUUCUGAGAGGGAUGAGAAACUUCUCAAUGUGACCAGCACACUUAGAGUCAACACAACAGCUAAUGAGAUUUUCUACUGCACUUUUCGGAGAUCAGGUUUUGAGGAAAACAGUACAUCUGAGUUGGUCAUCCCAGAACCACCUACAAUUCCAAGAAAUAAGAGGAUUCGCUGGGCAAUUCUGGGAGCCAUCCUGUUGUUAUUUGUAGCCCUGGCAGUGGUCUUCUGUCUACAAAAAGAUGUGAGAAUGACGGAUGUGGAAAAAUGUGUCACUCGAGACAUGAACUCAAAGAAACAAAAUGCUACACAGUUUGAGGAGACGUAA